GCCCAGUGCAGAGAGAGGGGCUCCGUGUUCCGCCUCCGUGGAGUAUUUGGGAUUGGAGAGAGACACACACACACUCACACGCGCACACACACACACACACACACAGAGACCAUCUGCAGUGUCAAUGCGGCGCCUGCUCUGAAGACUGAAGUGGGGGGAAAGGAGAGGAGAAAAAAAAAUUUUACAUAUAGAUAUAUAUAUAUACACACACACACACCAAAACCCACCCAAAGCAAGCGAGGAGCCUUCCCAGGGCAAAAUCUGCCAGGGAAUUGGUGUUCUGAAGACUCUUACAGCUUUUAAUCCUCGUUCCCUUGGGAAUACAAACCUUUCUAAUCAUGUCACCGGCCAUGUGGAAAUGGACUUGCCUGGUUUCUCACCUCCUACUAUCCACCACAGUGUCGCCUCUUGGUAGGCAGCAGCCACCCCACCCAAAGAGGUCCUUCAUCACUUUCACUGGAGACCAAGCAGAGGGGAACUUCAACCACUUGGUGGUUGAUGAAAGAACUGGGCACAUUUACUUGGGAGCUGUCAACAGGAUCUACAAACUCUCCAGUGACCUGAAGGUCCUGGUGACCCACCAGACUGGGCCUGAUGAAGAUAAUCCCAAGUGUUAUCCUCCCAGGAUAGUCCAAACCUGCAACGAACCUUUGACACCCACUAACAACAUAAACAAAAUGCUCCUCAUAGACUACAAGGAGAAUCGAUUGAUAGCCUGUGGGAGUCUUUACCAGGGCAUCUGCAAGCUCUUGAGGCUGGAUGACCUCUUCAAGCUGGGCGAGCCCUUCCACAAGAAGGAGCAUUAUCUCUCUGGGGUGAAUGAGAGUGGCUCUGUUUUUGGAGUCAUUGUUUCUUACAGCAACAUGGAUGACAAGUUGUUCAUUGCCACUGCCGUGGAUGGCAAACCUGAGUAUUUCCCCACUAUUUCCAGCAGGAAGCUCACCAAGAACUCCGAGGCAGAUGGGAUGUUUGCGUAUGUCUUUCAUGACGAGUUUGUGGCCUCUAUGAUCAAGAUCCCCUCAGACACCUUUACCAUCAUCCCUGACUUUGAUAUCUACUACAUAUAUGGCUUCAGCAGUGGUAACUUUGUCUAUUUCCUAACUCUGCAGCCUGAGAUGAUCUCACCACCUGGCUCCACCACGAAGGAGCAGGUUUAUACCUCCAAGCUGGUCCGGCUUUGUAAGGAGGACACAGCCUUUAACUCCUAUGUUGAGGUGCCCAUUGGCUGUGAGAAGAACGGGGUGGAGUACCGGUUGCUCCAGGCAGCCUAUUUGUCUAAGGCUGGAGCCAUCUUAGCAAGGUCUUUGGGUGUUGGCCCUGAGGAUGAUAUCCUCUUCACAGUCUUCUCGAAGGGGCAGAAAAGGAAGAUGAAGUCCUUGGAUGAGUCUGCUCUUUGCAUCUUUGUCCUGAAAAAGAUCAACGAUCGCAUCAAGGACAGACUGCAGUCCUGCUACAGGGGAGAAGGGACGUUAGAUCUGGCCUGGCUCAAAGUCAAGGACAUUCCCUGUAGCAGUGCGCUGUUAACAAUUGAUGACAAUUUCUGUGGCCUGGAUAUGAAUGCCCCCUUGGGAGUAUCAUCCAUGGUGCGAGGGCUUCCCAUUUUCACCGAGGAUGGAGACAGGAUGACAUCUGUGAUUGCCUACGUCUACAAGAACCACUCCCUGGCUUUUGUGGGGACCAAGAGUGGGAAACUCAAGAAGAUCCGUGUGGAUGGGACCACCAAGAACACUCUGGAGUAUGAGAUCGUGCAGGUGGUGGAUACUGGCCCCAUAUUACGGGAUAUGGCCUUCUCGAUGGAUCACGAACACCUCUACAUCAUGUCUGAGAAGCAGCUCACUCGGGUGCCCGUGGAGUCGUGUAGCCAGUACGAGACCUGCAGCGAGUGCUUGGGCUCAGGCGACCCUCACUGUGGAUGGUGUGUUCUUCACAACACGUGCACGAGGAAGGAGCGAUGUGAACGCUCCAGCGAGCCUCGGAGAUUCGCCUCAGAGAUGAAGCAGUGUGUCCGGCUUACCGUGCAUCCCAACAACAUCUCCGUCUCCCAGUACAACGUAUUGCUGGUCUUGGAGACCUACAAUGUCCCCGAGCUGUCAGCAGGAGUCAAUUGCACAUUCGAGGACCUUUCGGAGAUGGAUGGCUUGGUGGUGGGCAGUCAGAUCCAAUGCAUCUCACCAGCUGCCAAAGAGGUGCCCCAGAUCGUCACAGAGAACGGAGACCAUCACAUUGUCCAGCUUCAGCUCAAGUCCAAGGAAACGGGUAUGACCUUUGCCAGCACCAGCUUCGUCUUCUACAACUGCAGCGUCCACAACUCGUGUCUAUCAUGUGUGGAGAGCCCUUACCGAUGUCACUGGUGCAAGUACCGCCACGUCUGCACUCACGACCCCAGCUCCUGCUCCUUCCAGGAGGGACGAGUCAAGCUGCCCGAGGACUGUCCCCAGCUGCUGCAGGCAGAGAAGAUCCUGGUGCCCGUGGAAGUCAUCAAGCCAAUCACGCUGAAGGCCAAGAACCUGCCCCAGCCACAGUCGGGCCAGCGAGGCUACGAGUGCAUCUUGAACAUCCAGGGCAAUGAGCAGCGGGUGCCUGCGUUGAGGUUCAACAGCUCCAGCGUGCAGUGCCAGAACACUUCGUAUUCGUAUGAAGGGAUGGAGAUUAACAGCCUGCCGGUGGAGCUGACGGUCGUGUGGAACGGGAAUUUCAACAUUGACAACCCAGCACAGAACAAAGUUCACCUGUACAAGUGUGGGGCCAUGCGGGACAGCUGUGGACUGUGCCUGAAAGCCGACCCAGACUUCGAGUGCGGCUGGUGCGAGGGGCAGAACCAGUGCACGUUGAAGCAGCACUGCCCAGCCCAGGACAGCCAGUGGCUGGAGUUGUCCAGCACCAAGGGCAAAUGCACCAAUCCCAAGAUCACGGAUAUCAAUCCAGUGACAGGCCCUCGUGAAGGAGGGACGAAAGUGACCAUUCGUGGGGAGAAUCUGGGGCUGGAGUUCAGAGAUAUUGCGUCUCAUGUCAAAGUGGCCGGAGUGGAAUGCAAACCGUUGGUGGAAGGGUACAUCCCAGCAGAGCAAAUAGUAUGUGAGAUGGGGGAGGCCAAGCCCAGUCAGCAUGCCGGAUUCGUGGAAAUCUGCGUGGCUGAGUGCAAACCAGAGUUCAUGGCCAGGUCUUCACAGCUCUACUACUUUAUGACUCUGACACUCUCUGAUCUCAAGCCGAAGCGGGGACCAGUGUCGGGUGGCACCCAGGUGACAAUUACAGGCAACAACCUCAAUGCGGGUAGCAAUGUCAUCGUGACCUUUGGGCGACAGCCCUGCCUCUUCUACAGGAGAUCCACCAAGCACAUUGUCUGUAACACCACUGCCUCAGAUGAAGGCUUUGAGAAGGUGAAGGUGUCCGUGAGAGUGGACAAGGCCAAGAUACAUCAGGAGUUGCAAUAUGAAUAUGUAGAGGAUCCGACCAUCCUGAGGAUUGAGCCUGAGUGGAGCAUCUUCAGUGGCAACACACCUAUUGCUGUGUGGGGAACUCACCUAGACCUCAUCCAAAACCCUCAGAUCCGAGCAAAGCAUGGUGGAAAGGAACAUGUCAACAACUGCGAGGUGCAGAACAGCACAGAGAUGACCUGCCAGGCUCCAGCGCUGGCUGUUGACCCCAAUCACCAAUCUGAGCUUGCUGAGCGUCCAGAGGAGUUUGGCUUCAUUCUUGACAACGUGCAGUCCCUGCUUAUCCUCAACAAAACCAACUUCACCUACUACCCAAAUCCCAUUUUUGAGGUUUUCAAUCCCUCGGGGAUCCUGGAGCUGAAGCCAGGAAGUCCCAUCAUACUGAAGGGCAAGAACCUGAUCCCACCAGUGGCGGGAGGGAACGCGAAGCUGAACUACACCGUUUUGGUUGGCGAGAAGCCCUGUGCAGUGACCGUAUCAGAUGUGCAGCUACUGUGCGAGUCUCCAAACCUCAUUGGACGGCACAAGGUGAUGGCUCGUGUAGGAGGAAUGGAGUUCUCCCCAGGGAUGGUCUACAUCUCUCCAGACAGCCCUCUCAGCUUGCCAGCUAUUGUCAGCAUUGCGGUGGCUGGUGGCCUGCUCAUCAUCUUCAUCGUGGCUGUGUUGAUUGCAUACAAGCGCAAAUCCAGAGAAAGCGACCUCACCCUCAAGCGUCUACAGAUGCAGAUGGACAACCUGGAGUCCAGGGUGGCACUGGAGUGCAAAGAAGCCUUUGCAGAGCUACAGACAGAUAUUCAUGAGCUGACAAGUGAUCUGGAUGGAGCUGGGAUCCCUUUCCUUGAUUACCGAACCUACACCAUGAGGGUACUUUUCCCUGGCAUUGAAGAUCAUCCAGUCCUGAGGGAUCUGGAGGUCCCUGGCUAUAGACAGGAACGGGUGGAGAAAGGCCUGAAGCUCUUUGCCCAGCUCAUCAACAACAAGGUUUUCCUGCUGUCCUUCAUCCGCACGCUGGAGUCCCAGCGCAGCUUCUCCAUGCGGGACCGUGGUAAUGUGGCCUCGCUGAUCAUGACGGUGCUGCAGAGCAAGCUGGAGUACGCUACUGAUGUCCUCAAGCAGCUCCUGGCUGACCUCAUAGACAAAAAUCUGGAGAGCAAGAACCACCCCAAGCUGCUGCUCCGGAGGACAGAGUCUGUGGCUGAGAAAAUGCUCACCAACUGGUUCACCUUUCUUCUGUACAAGUUCCUCAAGGAGUGUGCUGGCGAACCUCUAUUCUCCCUUUUCUGUGCCAUCAAGCAGCAGAUGGAAAAGGGACCCAUUGACUCCAUCACUGGGGAGGCCCGGUACUCACUGAGUGAGGACAAGCUUAUCCGACAGCAGAUUGAUUACAAGACACUGGUCCUGAGCUGUGUGAACCCCGACAACGUGAACAGCCCCGAGAUCCCGGUGAAGAUCCUGAAUUGCGACACCAUCACGCAGGUGAAGGAGAAGAUCCUUGAUGCCAUCUUCAAGAACGUGCCCUGCUCCCACCGGCCCAAAGCUGCUGAUAUGGACCUGGAGUGGCGGCAAGCAAGCGGGGCAAGGAUGAUCCUUCAGGAUGAAGACAUCACAACCAAGAUAGAGAAUGACUGGAAGAGGCUCAACACGCUGGCACACUAUCAGGUGCCAGAUGGAUCUGUGGUAGCUUUAGUCUCCAAGCAAGUCACUGCCUACAAUGCAGUCAACAACUCCACGGUCUCCCGGACCUCAGCCAGCAAGUAUGAAAACAUGAUCCGUUACACAGGCAGCCCGGACAGCCUCCGUUCCCGCACCCCCAUGAUCACCCCUGACCUGGAGAGCGGAGUCAAGAUGUGGCACUUGGUGAAGAACCAUGAGCAUGGUGACCAAAAAGAGGGUGACCGGGGCAGCAAGAUGGUUUCUGAGAUCUACCUGACAAGACUACUUGCCACCAAGGGCACCCUCCAGAAAUUUGUAGACGACCUCUUUGAGACCAUCUUCAGCACUGCUCACCGUGGCAGCGCGCUUCCCCUGGCUAUCAAAUACAUGUUCGACUUCCUGGAUGAGCAGGCUGACAAGCACAACAUCCAUGACCCCCAUGUGCGGCACACCUGGAAGAGCAAUUGCCUGCCAUUACGGUUCUGGGUUAACAUGAUCAAGAACCCGCAGUUCGUCUUUGACAUCCACAAGAACAGCAUCACAGAUGCCUGCCUCUCUGUAGUGGCUCAGACUUUCAUGGACUCCUGUUCAACCUCGGAGCACCGUCUGGGCAAAGACUCACCCUCCAACAAGCUUCUCUAUGCCAAGGACAUCCCCAGCUACAAGAACUGGGUGGAAAGGUACUAUUCAGACAUCGCCAAAAUGCCAGCAAUCAGUGACCAGGACAUGAAUGCAUACUUGGCUGAGCAGUCUCGCAUGCAUAUGAAUGAGUUCAAUACUAUGAGUGCGCUCUCGGAGAUAUACUCCUACGUUGGCAAGUACAGUGAGGAGAUUCUCGGAGCCCUUGAUCAAGAUGACCAGGCUGGGAAACAGAAACUUGCCUACAAACUUGAACAAGUCAUAACCCUCAUGAGCAUAGACAGCUGAGAACUGUCCUGCCAGGGACACCCUGGGAGGGAUAAACCAAGUCGUGCCUCACUCAAGAUCAUCAUCUUUACCAAGUGCAAGUUCUGAUCGGCUGUAAGCAGAGUCACCUGAACAGCGCUCCUCUCUCUCUCUCUCUCAUUUCUUUCUCUUUCAAAAUCUAUGGACAAAGCGACAAAGCCCCAGGGGUUAAAAGAAAAGACUGCAGAGGAAUCUUGGCUCUGGGGUUAUCAAGACAGUUGGGUGGAGCUCUCCUUUUCAUAGCUUCCCCUCUGCCUUUGCCCUAGAGAGAAACUAUUACACACAGCACCCCGCCAAAACCCUCCCCCAACAUCACACAAUCACUCUGCAGAUGGGGAAUUGGGAGGUAACUUCUGUCAUGCUGCUUUAACUGCCCUCCAAGGGCUGUAGCCUCUGGAGCGGACAUGGAAACGAACUCAGUAUUACUAGAAGUCUCCCCAAGGGGAAGGCAGCCUGCCUGCAGGGAUCCUGGAGGUCAGGAGCAAAUCUCUCCUGCAGAGCCAUUGCAACUCUAUCUCUUGAUAGUGACCCACUGGGAGAGGAACCCCAAGGCUCCCUGAAAAAUGCCACAGCUCCGUCCAGAGUGGGACCAUUGUGGCUCUUAUCUGCCUGGGCAAACAGCAGUGUAGCUACUCUCUUGAGACGGGGAAGGGUCAAGAGGGGAGGAGGAGACUGACGCUCCCCUGCCCACGUGUUUCAUAUGGUUAUUCUUAUUUUUCAAAGAGACCUGUGUCCCUUCCGUCUUUCCCAUUGUGUCCUGUUGGUCGUAGCACUGCAGCAAAAACGCUCUCUCUGCUCAGUGGCAUCCUGUCGGUGGUGGUUCUGUUCCUUCUGACAAUGGACACUGCAGCAUCUCCCUCAUUCCCACCUCAGCUUGGAAAGCAAGAGCCAGAAGUCUCAUAUUGUUCCAGGAAAGGUGCUCAGCCUCAAAAACCAACCAGAGGUGUUGUUUUUUUUUUUAAAGCUGUUAGUUCUUUCCAUUUUAUUUCCUCAACUGGAACAAAGCUGUUGUUUUCUCAUGGUGGAAUAUCAGAAGGAUACUGAAGGACUUGCCAUGAAGCAAGGUAGUGCCUAGGACUGAUGGUAGAAGCUUCCUUCAAAGCCACCCCUAAGAGGAAAUGUCGCCACACAUUUUGCAAGGAAAUCUUGGAGGAAAUCCAAAUGAAAUACUGCAAAAUAUUCUUCUAUCUAGAUACUCCCAGCUGAACUGCAUGUCUUCUGGAGGUCUCUGAACCGCUGUAAGCUCAUCCGCCUUUUAGUGCCAACUCCUGGUCUUUCCUCUUCUCCAUUUCUGGAAUCAACAGGCCUUGCUGAAGGCACAGUUGCUGCCUGGGAAGGAUUUUCUCUCUGUUUACACUUCCUAUCCCUUCAGAAAUCACUGUCACCACAGGACAAUUGUGGGUGAUUACCCCGUCCUUUCCUCUGCUCAACUCCUCCAGAACAACAUCUCAACCUGUUUCAUGGCCAACCAAAGGAGAGUGAGCUCCUGUGUCUUUUCUGCAUUUGGCUAUUUUUUUCAUACAGCUGCCAGCCUGGGUAACACCAUGGUUCGGCAUCAUGGGAGACCCUCAGGGUCUGGAGAACCUUGCACCUUGUACAUCAUGGAGGCAAGAGCUGCGUCUGCAUUCAUCUCACCAGAAAUGAACAGUGCUCACUAGCAGGUGGAGGAGUGGCUUGAUGCCACGGAGAAUCAGCCCACAUCCAUCUCACACCAUCCUCAGAGCUACAGCCUGGAUCUACUUUGCACCUGGAGGAAGGAAGGGGUAAAGACAGGGUGUAUACAUUGAUUACAGAACGAGUGCUUUUGGUUUUAUUCAUGCCUCUUGCUAGCAAACCAGAGCCUCUUCAGAGCAACGGAUCAUGAGCGUGUGUAAUGGGGGAUGUGGUGCAAACAGGAGUCAGUCAGCAAGCGGGUUUCGUUCAGCCAAGCAGAUACACAUGUAGGCAAGUCUUUCUGAAACCAUUUAAAGAACAGCAGUCCAAAACUGAAUGUGUGUGUGGGGAGAAUAUCACAAGAUUCAUGUUGAAACGGCAAACUUAGGGACACGUCUUGGUUUUAAAACCCCAGACAUUUCUCUCUUAAUUAUAAUUAUUAUUAUUUUGUGCGCGUGUGUGCGCGUGUGCGUGUGUGUAUCUGUGUGCGUGUGUGUGUUAUUUCCUUUUUAAUUUUGCUUGCUUUCUGUUUGAUUGCUGAGCUGAUGGACUCAUCAUGCACCUUAUGGACAUCUCAGCAUUUUUAAGAGGCCUGCGCAUUAGGGAUGAGUUGGGUUUGGUUGGUUCUGCCAUGGUUUUGUUGAUCCAUUUAGUAAUGUUGGCGCAUGUUCCAGACCCAUUGAUUAUGGCUGUGAAAGUGGGGUGGAAGUCCCACCAGAGCCAGCGGUAAGAAAAUUACAACAACAACACAAACACAAUAUUUUUUAUAAGUACAUAAAAAAGGAAAAUUAAAAAAAAAAAAGAAGAAACCAAAGGUUUUGACAAACAAAGUGCCACAAAAGAUAAAUAUGGACCCUAUUGUCAUGCCUUGUACUCACAGCUGGAUGGUAGGCGUCUAAGGACAAAUAGCUGGCUUGGAGGGAAGUGGUUAUGAGUGAUGGGCUAUACUGCCUGGACAUGCGCACAUGAAAGGAAGAAGAAGCUGUUUAAAAAAAAAAAAAGUAUCAAAGUGAACUGGUGUAAUCCUGCACUGUUACUGAAGUCAGAGGAACACCACGGGGGAAAUUUGAGACUCACCCUGUUUCUUUUUGAUGUUUUCAGGGCUGUGUUUUUGUUUUAUUAUGGUUGUUUUCCGUUGUUAUUAUUUUAUUCCUUCUUGCUGGUACGGAGUUUUUCACCUGUAAUAUAUAUAUAUAUAUUUUUCAAGAAAAACUUGAACACCUCAGAGACACUGAGAAUGAAACACUUAGGGGAAAUGGGAAGAGCCAUGAGAUUGGUGUCUUAACCCUUCCCAAGUUCCCGUUUAGGCAUUUCCGUUCUCUCUCCACACUCUUCUUUCCCCCAUCCCCAGGAUUUGAAAGAAAAACUGUAUUUUGCUUCUCUUUCAUCUCCUCCUUAUUUUUCUUUUUGUUUUUCUUUAUUUGGUGUUUGAGCUGGUUUCAGUUUUCGCUUGCAAAAUGUGCCAGAAUUGUGAUGUAAAUGCGUGGGCUUCCUCCCCUGUCCCCUUCAGUGCCCUCCCCAUUUCCAACCACUGUCCCAGCAUCCCCCAGUCUGUGAGAGGUCUUGGCAUCUUUCUUCCCAGCCUCGCCUGUUGAGCUAACUAUUUUUUAAGUGCAUGUAAAAUACAACUAAAAACAAAGAGACAAGCAGAAGAAUGAGCCCUACUACAACAUGGAUGCGUUCUUUUCCUCUUCCUUUGAUUUGUUUCGCCCCACCUCCCUUUCCCCACUUGACCAAAAAUGCCCAAUAGAUGGUAUUCCACACUGUUUUUCAAGCCACAUGGAGAGAACUGGAGCCAAAGUCCCUAGAAGUCAAUGGCCAGGCUCUUAAUAUCCAGAAUAUGCCAGAUGACAAGGUAUUAUGGGUUUUUCUCAAACACUGCAAUCAAGACAAUGAAUGAUGACACUUGCAGCACCAUCAGAAAUGAGGAAAGGGAACUCAUGAAGACUCUCUGUGGUCCUACUGAGAGAGCUAAGAUUAUUUCUUCACUGCAGAGUUUGCUCUGGGGCUUUGUACCUGGGUUAGAGGAACAAAAGGUGACCAAUCCCUCUGCAAACACAUCAUGUGCUCCUUAUGAGUGUGCUCACCUAUCAGUGUCACAGUGAUCUGAGACGUAAUCUAUCACAUCAUGUGCUUUUGCACACUGAGCCUUCCAGUAAACACUGUUGUGGGAAAAGCUGUGUGUUAUCUGGAAGAAGGUGUUAGAGAUUGUUAGCACUUGAACAGAUAGAACAGGAGAACUACCGAAAAGGAGAAAUACAGCCACCCGAGGGCAUCUUGCUCUCCCAACAUGCCCCAAUCCUUCUCUUCCCACUCUUCAUUCUGUCUUAAACGUAUCUGAAGUUUUGGUCCAAUCCAGAAUACACCAGCCUUGUUCCGUUAGAUGAGAGGGCUAUGCCAGUUUUCUCAUUUGUAGUUUUACAACUGUUCUUGUCUCCUGAUACCUUUUUGACACUGGAGACCAUAAGAAAUUGCUACGGCAUGAAAAAGAUUUGCAAGCAGAAUUUUGGUUGGUAUUUGCUUUAACUGAAAAGUGAUUACCAAAGUUUCCGGAUCUUGUGCAUUAGCCCACAGGGAAGUGUUUACCAUAAAGGGAUAAACACCAAUCAAAUCACAUAAUUCAUAGAAUCAUAGAAUCACCUAGGUUGGAAAGGACUUUUCAGAUCAUCUACUCCAACCACCAACCUAACUCUGACAAAAAACAUCACUAACUCAUAUAUCUAAGCACUAUGUCUACCCGUCUCUUGAAUAACUCCAGGGAUGGUGCCUCAACCACUUCCCUGGGCAGCCUGUUCCAAUGCUUAAUAACCCUUUCAGCAUAAUGUUUUUUCCUAAUAUCCAGCCUAACCCCCUCCUGGCAGAACUUGAGGCCAUUUCCUCUUGUCAUUUUGCCUGUUACUUGGGAGAAGAGACUGACCCCCACCUCACUACCUUUCAGGAAGUUGUAGAGAGCGAGAAGGUCUCCCCUCAGCCUCCUUUUCUCCAGGCUGAACACCCCCAGCUCCCUCAGCCGCUCUUCAUAAGACUUAUAAUCAUUGUUUUUAAUAAUGCUAUUGAAAACUGAUGGAUACAGAGCGUUAAGAGUGCAGUGGCUACUCUCAUGGCUGAGUCAGCCACCACAAAGAUUACACAUCCCUUCCGCAUUUCCUAAAGGCUGGAGGAGGUCCUAGGUCUUGCCAUCCAAACUGGGUAAGCUGUGGAGCAGGCAACUGAUGAAGUGAAUGAACCUCAACAUCAUGGUGUGAACUUCAGGCUCCUGGCCAUUCACAGCCUGAGUUUUCCUGCUUUGCACCCAAUGCUGUUCCCAUUUCAGAGUAUUGUUAGGUCCGUGAAGUCCUUCAGUUUUCCUCACCUCUGACACUGUGCAAUGCCCCUUCCUCCAAAAAAAGUUUCAUUGUCUUACGCGGAAACGUUUUGCAGAGAAUACUUUGAAAGGAGGGUGUUAUUUGGGAUGGCUCAGUUCACUAUGCUGUUAGAGAAGCACCUAAGGGGACACAGGCUUACAGCAACAAAUUAAUUUGUAGAAGGAUGUCAAAAGAAAAAAGAAAAAAAAAGAUUUACACUUGGAAAAAAUAAAACCACCAAAAAAAACCCAGCGAGGAUAUAAAGCUGCUUAGUCUAAUCAACCUGUCACGUGUGUGAUUUCUGUUGUCGUUGUUGUUGUUUGUUCAUUGACGCUUUUUUUGUGUUAAUCUUCUGUUCUAAAAAUGGAGAGUUUACCUCAAGAAAUUCUUUCUGCUUGGAAACAGAUCACCUCAAAGACACUCGCAGCAGAGAGCAAUGUGCAGAGAAGCUCAGUAAAGCGAACCCGAGUGUGGAAAACAGGGGGAAAACCAGAACAUUUAGGCUCUUUCAGCAUUCCCUUCUCUUGCUGGUGUGGUCUAGUGUGGCUCCUUGACUCUGAGGGCAGCAUAUCCCAGUGGGAGUGGUUGCUGUUCACUUUCAGAUAGACUGAGGCACAAGAGCCAGUUGGAGAAAUCAAGGCAUAUGUCCAAGCUUGCAGUCCUUUCUGAAGUAUCUUAAGAGAAACUUGGUGUUAUUUAAAAUUUCUGUGCUGCUCUUUCUCCAAUACCUGGAGAAAACACACUUUCCAGUCCAGAGUGGGGUAAGGAAGCAGAAAGAUUAGGUGCUAGCUAAAUGCUCCCAGUGUUUUCCCUAAGGAAUGAAGACGAGAGGCAACUGGAUUAUUUAAUGUCACAAGACAGGCCCUUCCUAGUGUCUGACCCUGUGUCUUGGACAUACACAUGAGCCCAGAACUCUCAUUCUUUGUUUUGCUAAAGCUUCCACCUUAAAUACAAAAUCAAUGUAAAGACAUAUCCUUUCACUACAGUGUUACUAACAGCCUCAAAAAGAUGUCAAGACAGCAUUAGAAAGGAGGUUGGGAUCCUUUUUCUUAGGUUGUUGUUGUUGUUGGUUUGAUUUUCUUUUGAAUUGAUCCUAGUUAAAAAAUAAAUAAAAUCUAUACUAUUUAAAUUGGAAUCCCGUUGUUACUUGGUAAAGGCAAAGCUUCUGUACCUUUGUUAUAACUAAUUGUAUACCUGUGUAUGUAAAUAUAAGGCAU